AUGCACUGUUGGGCUACGUGGAUGACUUCCCUUGUGGUGCAGGACGAGGAUGUCAUAGCCCUGUUCUCUUGCCUUGUCCUUGCCUUCUGCGCCAUGUUCGGCAUCCCCAUUUCACACGCCAAGCUGCAACUUGGCAGGGGCAUAGUGUGGAUAGGCUGGCACUUUGGUUUUGGCAGUGGGACUUUCUGCGUGCCUUUGGACAAGUCCCUCAAGCUUAAGCGUUUGCUCCAGGAAGCCCUUUCUGGACGCCAUGUUCAUCGUAGAACGUUGGACAAGAUCCUGGGCUUGCUUCAGUGGCUUUGCAAGCUCUUUCGUUCCUUCAAGCCCUGGCUUCAGCCUAUCUACGCAGACGCCAAUAGACCUCUGGCCACCAACCACAGCAUUGCGGCAAAGAGGGCUGGGGCAGUACAAAGCUGGCAUGGUCAGUCAAGGAAUGGACGGUUGCAAAGUGGCGGCAAGGGGGCCGACACUUGCCGACAUGGGCUACUUUUGCCGUGCAGAGGUUUCGGACUUCUCUACCGCCCACUGUUCAACAAUGGCCCAGCGGCGAGUGAGAAUUCUGGCCUGGUGGAACAGUUCCGUCAGCAGGUCGAGCAGCGACUGCGCACGGUUGGCAACGACAUCUUCCAGAUACGGCGGCCAUCUGCCGCCAAACCACCGUGGGAGGAGGCGGAAGCUCAAAACCAAGCGGGAUGCAACCAAGCCCUGUUCGAUUUGCUGCGAAAAAUUGCACCGAAACAGGCCAGGCGCAGGGCUCAGUUGAGAACCAAGGAAGGCGCGCUCAUGACACCGGGGGCGGAGGCGGUAGCGCUAUGCGACUUUUGGAAGGCGGUCAAUGGCAGAGAAAAUGAGAGUAACAUUCCAGUCAUGACGGGUUACAACUUUGCCAGGGAUGAAAUUGCGGAGGCGAUUCGGGGAUUGCAGGCUAACAAAUCUGCACCGCAGCACUGCGCUCCGCACGUCUUCUGGAAAUUGGCCGCUGAGCCAAUUGCGGACUACGUGGAGGAUCAGAUGUUUCGGCAAUGGCGACAGGACAGGGCGGAAGUACCUGGUGACUGGGCGGCGGCGUGGUUGGUAUUCCUACAUAAACCGGGGAAGACCAGUACUGAUCCAUCAUGCCUGAGGCCCGUUUCACUUCUUGAUCCCAUGGGUAAGGCAGUGUGCGGGGUGUUGAAGAUGCAUCUCGUCCCAUAUCUGAUGGACAAAGCGAAGUACCUUCCAUUGUUUGGAUACAUACAGCAGAGAUCGCCGCAGCAGGCGCUGGAGUUGGUUUUUGCCCCCUGCGCAGAGGCGCGUGACCUAGCCAAGGCACAGACCAGGUCAUUGUACGAGCUGCGCUCAGGUAAAGUCCGCAGUCAGUGUGCGGGCGGACUGCAGAUCAGCGUUGACUUUUCUCAGGCCUUUGAUCGAGCUGAUCGAGGUUUACUUUUCAAAGCCCUGACCUUUUUGGAGGUACCUACUGACCUUCAAGAGCUCAUCAAGCGCUGGGUGCGGGCCACUACCUUCCAUAUUCACAAAGCAGACACGCAGUGCUCGUAUUCUUCUGACAAGGGUAUUCGGCAGGGAUGUAAGCUCAGUCCCACACUAUGGUGUUGUCUCUUCGUCUACAUCCUGAACCGGAUUGAUCAAACUUUGGGUAUGCCGUGGAGUCAACAGCACUUGGUUGGAUUUGCGGAUGACUUGCAUCUCCGAUGGCUCUUUAGCGACAGGUCGGGUAUCAAUUUGGCAUUGCAGGAGGCGGGAACGGUACUCAGUCUCCUCGAAGAUAUGGGCUUUCUGCUAAGCAGGGACAAGACGGUUUGCUUAUUGAGGGCGGAAGGAGUACAGGUCCCACACAUGCUGCGCAAAUUGAUACACAAGAAGAACAAGCAGGAGGAACGUAUCCUGUGUAUUGAUGGUAGGUGGCAACUACCAUUGCGCAAACAACAUGUGUACUUGGGGGCUAAGAUCUCGUAUGGAGCGUUUGAGUUGCAGAAUGCACAGCAUCGCAAGCAGGCUGGGCAGGCGGCGUUUGCCAGAUUGAGGCCAACGCUCAUGUCACAAAGAGCUCUAUCUUUGACGAAGCGGCUUCGGCUGUGGCAGGUUUUCGUUGUGCCGGCUACCCUUUACUCGCUGGGAGCUUCAGGGCUCACGAGGCAGGCAGAUUCGAGCGAUCACAAGGCAAAGAUGCACAGUGCAGAGCGCAUGAGUGCGGCGCCCGCCAUAUUUGAUAGACAGGUGCACGGGACGGAUGGCAUGCCCAAAUUCAGUGGAUGCGGGCAUGCCUUUGAAAGGUGGGCGGACUUGCAGAAGCAUAUUGAGGAGAAUCACUGUCAAGGUCGGAUCCCAGUUGAGUCUGAACAGGUCAAGUCGGUACUGACGAGGACGAAGGAUGGUGAACUUGACCUCGCGCAAAUACAGAGUGGAGACAUGCCGGAGGCCCUGCAGCGAGAACUAUUACAGCAUUGUAGUUACUGCCGACAAUGGUUCCCAAUGACAGGUAUGUCAGGCAGCACUGGACGAGGGUACAUCGGUCCGAAUCCCAGCUACACAUCGCGGCCACAAAGCAGUGGAGGAGAGGUCAGUUCAGCCCCAUAA